AAAUUUCCACAACCGAAACCUGCAGUCGGGUCAUCUCGUCCACGAAACGUACGGACUUCGGGCAUCGGCCCCAACGCCAGCGGCACCGCACCCGCACCACCAAGCUCGUCGGCGACAUGAAUCCGCCCGCAGCAGCCGCGUCCACCGGCGCAGGAGGCCACGCCGCGGCGCCUGCGGCAGCCCCGGAGUACGCGCACUACCCGAGGCUCUCGCCAGAGGAGGUGGCCCCGCCCCCGCCCCCGCCUUAUCACGCCGCCACCGCCGCGCCGUCCGCCUACGGAGGCAACCCCUACAUCUACUCCCCCGCCGGCGGCGCCGCCACCUCCCCGAAGAAUACGAUGGACUCCGUGAAGGACGUGCUCGGCAAGAUGGGAAAGAGGUUUGGCGAGGCGGCCCGCAAGACCGAGACCAUCACCGGCAAUUUCUGGCAGCACUUGAAAACUGGACCAAGCAUUACUGAUGCAGCAAUGAGCAGGAUCUCACAGGUCACCAAAGUCAUUGCAGAAGGUGGAUAUGACAAAAUUUUCCAUCAAACUUUUGAGGUCGCCCCUGGUGAAAAGCUCAAGAAGCCAUAUGCAUGUUAUCUGUCAACCUCGGCUGGUCCUGUUAUGGGUGUGCUUUACCUGUCCAAUGUAAAACUGGCAUUUUGUAGUGAUAACCCACUUGCAUACCAGGUUGGAGACAAAACUGAGUGGAGUUACUACAAGGUGGUCAUCCCCCUUGCUCAACUGCGAUCAAUUAAUUCAUCAACAAGCAGAACAAAUGCAGCAGAGAAAUACAUUCAGGUGGUUUCUGUUGAUAACCAUGAGUUUUGGUUUAUGGGCUUCGUUUACUAUGACAGUGCGGUGAAGAAUCUGCAGGAAGCACUUCAGGAGGCUCAGAAUUUACGUGCUUAGUGAUGUUCAUGGAUUGGAACUAGCAUGUCUUAUACAUUACAGUUGUGAUAUACUGUUUUCCCGUCAGUUUCGACUGUUUGUCCAGAUUUAGUUUGCGUAGGUAUCAGCUGUUUCUGUGUUUUGUACUGACUUAAACCGAUGUUCAAUAUGUGACGUGCAUCCUUUCA